UUGUUUCAUUUGCCUCUCUGCACUUUGAGCAACAAUGGCAUCAAUGAUCACCGUUGACUUUGAAAACUGCUUCAUCUUCGUCCUCUUAUGUCUUUUGUCACGCCUCUUUUACGAUCUUUUCUUCAGGAAACCAAAAGACUCACGAGCUGGCUGUGAUUUUCCUCCGAGCCCUCCAUCAUUACCGAUCAUUGGGCAUCUUCACCUUAUCCUCUUUGUUCCAAUCCACCAGUCUUUCCAGAAAAUCGCAUCCAAAUAUGGACCUCUCCUCCACCUCCGCUUCUUUAACUUCCCCAUAGUCCUUGUCUCCUCGCCCUCAAUGGCCUACGAGAUCUUCAAGGCCCAAGACGUGAAUGUCUCCUCUCGCCCUCCCCCUCCAAUCGAGGAGUCUCUCAUUUUAGGAUCGUCCAGCUUCAUCAACACUCCCUACGGAGAUUACUCGAAAUUCAUGAAGAAGUUCAUGGUCCAAAAGUUGCUCGGACCGCAGGCACUCCAACAGUCGCGAAAGAUCCGUGCAGAUGAGCUGGAUCGGUUCUACAAAAACCUGCUUGAUAAGGCGAUGAAGAAGGAGUGUGUUGAGAUUCGUAAUGAAGCAAUGAAGCUCACUAACAACACCAUCUGCAAGAUGAUUAUGGGGAGGAGUUGUUCCGAGGAGAACGGUGAGGCUGAGACAGUCAGAGGCUUGGUAACCGAGUCGAUUUUCUUGACAAAGAAACAUUUCUUGGGGGCCAUGUUUCACAAACCGCUUAAGAAGCUCGGGAUCUCAUUGUUCGCAAAGGAAUUAAUGAGUGUUUCCAACAAGUUUGACGAGCUGCUGGAGAAGAUUCUUGUUAAACAUGAAGAGAAAUUGCAGGAGCAUCAUCAAUGUACUGACAUGUUGGAUAUGUUGUUGGAAGCGUAUGGAGACGAAAAGGCAGAGUACAAGAUCACUAGAGACCAAAUCAAGUCCUUGUUCGUGGAUCUGUUCAGUGCCGGCACUGAAUCCUCGGCGAACACUAUACAGUGGACCAUGGCGGAGAUCAUUAACAAUCCUAAGAUUUCUGAGAGACUGAGAGAAGAAAUUGAUUCUGUUGUAGGUAAUAUAAGGUUGGUUCAAGAAACUGAUCUACCGAACCUCCCUUACUUGCAAGCCAUAGUCAAAGAAGGGCUACGAUUGCAUCCUCCAGGACCUGUGGUAAGGACGUUCCAAGAAACAUGUGAAAUCAAAGGAUUCUACAUACCGGAGAAAACACGACUUUUUGUUAAUAUUUAUGCUAUAAUGAGAGAUCCUGAUUUCUGGGAAGAUCCUGAGGAGUUUAAACCAGAGAGGUUUUUAACUUCUUCAAGAUUAGGGCAAGAAGAUGAGAAAAGAGAGGACAUGCUAAAAUACAUUCCUUUCGGUAGCGGAAGGAGAGCUUGUCCUGGAUCACAUCUAGCUUAUGCCGUCGUUGGAAGUGUAAUUGGAGUGAUGGUGCAAAACUUUGAUUGGAGAAUCAAAGGAGAAAAAAUCAACAUGAAGGAGGGUGGAACAAUGACGUUGACCAUGGCUCAGCCUCUUCAGUGCACUCCUGUUCCUCGAACCCUAAACACUUAAACUUCAUGUCUACAAAUUCCCAAUAAUUCUUGAAUUGGAGAUGUCAGCUUGCUUAUGUUGUUUCAAACAAUAUCAUGUUCACACAUGUUUCCUGAUUUCGUUGUUACCUUUGGUUUGGUUCAGUUCUGUUGUAUGAAACUGUAAACAUUUCUAAAUGUUCAUCAUCUUAUGUCUCCCAUUAAAAGUUGUGCUUUGUCA